UUUUUAAUGUAUUAAUCUAUCGCAUAUAUUGCGAUGGCAUUUCAAAAAUUCAAAAAAAGAUAACCUCUAACAAGCACGGACAAGUUAAUUUUUUGUUUAAUCUUUAAAUUUUAAUCCAAAAAAAAAAAUAUAUAAUAACUAUCAAAAGUCUAAUCGACGUACUACUUAUGUCCACCCACUGGGUUUGCCUUAAACUGUAGGCUUCUCCGCUCAGCGCUACUCUUUCAGCUGCUCAUCAUGUUUUCAAACAUAACCUACCCACGACUCUGAAGCCUGCAGGAACGUAUGAGACGGUGGUCUGGUAAAUUCUGUCUCUUUUUUUUUUUUCUCUUCUCUUUCGCUAAGAAAAAUAGAAAACGUUUUUUUAUUUAUUUAUUUAUUUAUUUUAUUUUUAUUUUUUUUUUUUUCUUCUUUUUUUCUUAAAAAAAUAUAAAACGUUUUUUUUUUUUUUUUUUUUUUUUUUUUUUUUUUUUUUUGGGGGGGGGGGGAUUUCGUGUGUGUUUGUGUGUGUGAGUUAUGCUUCAUUCAUAUAGUAAUUGUAAGAACCUUUACGUUUCGAGUGUAGUUUUUUUGUUUUUUUUAAUUAGGUUUUAAAAAAACAUAUUCUGUUUAUCGUUAUUUAUAGUAUUAAAUACCAAUAUUCAAUAUUUUACAUAAAUAACGCAGGCAUUCCAGUCAUUCGAACAAUAAUAGGCUAUAUUAUAAAAACAAAUAUUAGUCACUUAGAAUAUGUGUGUGCAAUCAGAUGCACAUAGUACUUAAACGUAUGCCAAUGCAAUUGGUGGAAUAACUUUCAAAAAUAUACCCCACUAACACGCACCACACACACACACACAACUUUUAUAAUGUCAGAUACAUACGUAUGUCAUAAAAAGCCCCCCCCCCGGCGUGGUCGCCCCUGUCACAGGCCUACAUUCGCCGCUGAGUACACGUGUCCAGCUGUCAUUUGCUUAUGAAUUGAUCUAAUACCUUGGACUUAAGAUGUCCUUCUGUGAUGAAGCAAAUUAAAACCCCUUGUUCACUAUCAUGUACUUAUCAUUUGAAAACUUUGUUGCAUUUUUUUUUAAAUCUGAUGAAUAUAUUCUUUGUUUUAUUCACAGUAGCCAACAAGGAUACCAAGAUAAGACAAGGGGGCGGCCAGUCCCCCCAUUGCAUCACACCUGUCAUCAGUAUUGUCUGUAUUAGUAUUUUUUUUUUAAAAGGUAUCAAGACCAACUCACUUCCGGCCAGCUUCCGGUGACCUCGAACGCUGCCUCCGGUGACCUUGAAGUCUGCAGCGUUCAACACAUUCACCGUCAGCAGCCCAUGAAAUCGUUUCACGGCGUAACCAAGCCAUUGGUAUCCUUGGGAGAAUAAACUGUACGCCAUCCCGCCUCUGCUAGUCGUGACAUUGUGACAUCAUAAUUAUAAACUUAUAACCAGUGCAACAAGCUCAACAAACCACUCACCAAUCAUCAGGACCAUCAUCACGCCCGGUGCACACGAUCAUCCUACAAUUCAGUGCUGACCAUGGCGUUACCGCAGACCAGUUUCCUCAGUAGAUUCACCUUAUGCCUGGCGUGCAUUGCUUUCGUCCUGUACGUGAUCGGCUUCGCGGCUCCCAACUGGCUGGAGCAGGAGUUCGAGCUGCCGCCCCAGCCCCCGGCGCUCCCCAGACCGUUGCCGGUCAAGGCCAACAUGGGACUGUACGCGGCGUGUCAGGAAGUUACCUACACAACCCCGAACGGGACGAAGGUCGUGGAGGAUUGUAGCUCUGAUGGAGGUAACGGCGAUGGUUUCAACUUGAGACCACCAUUUAUUUUUAAAAAAUAAUAAUAAUAAAUAAUCAGUUCGGAGGGGCCGUCCAUAAAGUGCGCCAUGCUAUCUGUGGAUACUUUCUAUCCCGUCUCUCCCUCUGUCACAAAUCUUAGACUUCCCCCGCCCCAGGCCCGCACCUGGGGGGGGGGGGAGGAGACAACCAUGGCACUUGUCAGGGGCCCGAGCUAGAUAGGGGCCCGCCCUUUUUCGAGUUUUAAAAUAUACGCACAUGUGUGAAGCACGAAAAGGGCCCGAACGCUGUCAGCUGCCUGGGGCCCAGAAUUUCCCAGGUUCGGGCCUGCCCGCCCCCUUAAAAGCACGUCACACUUUCGAACUAAAAAAUGUUAAAAAUAUAAAAUUAAAUACAAAUGUAUUCUAGUAAACGCUUCACUGUCGAACUAUUAAAUUCAUAACAGUAAAAGUGACGUCACCUUCCGUCAGAAUACAUCCAUCAAAACAGAACGUUCACCAUCACUGCCAAUUUCAGGUUUUAUAAUAGGAUUUUUUAAAAUUUUAAUGUGUGACGUCACCUUUACCUCUCCCCCCUUUCUAUCACGCUUUCUUAUACCCCCCCCCCCCCUUUGCCUUCCGGAGCGUGGCGUACGUAAAGGAGGAACCCGGGUAAUACAUCCAUCGAAACAGAACGUUCCCCAUCACUUCCAAUUUCAGUUUUUUUAAUAGGAUUUUUUAAAAUUUUAAGGUGUGACGUCACCUUUACCUCUCCCCCCUUUCUAUCACGCUUUCUUAUCACCCCCCCCCCCCUUUGCCUUCCGGAGCGUGGCGUACGUAAAGGAGGAACCCGGGUGUGUUAUGUCCAAAUAUUUACUAAUAAUGUGUUGUACUCGAUUAGUUGACACACAUAUGACGUUUGAUGUAACGAAAUGAUGAUAAUACUAUCUAUGUUUAACAUUCACAUAUAGUUGACCUGCCCUACCUCGAAGCAGAGGUAAAAUAUACGUGCCAACAUUUGAUUACCAUAGACCAGGGGUCGCCAACCUGCGGCUCUUUUGAUGUUAAGAUGUGGCUCUCCAGUUCCAUGCGCAAAUAUUAAUGAUUAUAUUGAAAUAAAAAUGUUAGUUGCUCUUUAAAAACUGGGAAAUUUUGUAAAUUGUGACUUUUGGCUCUUCCCUCUCAAAAGGUUGCCGACCCCUGCCAUAGACGCGUCACUAGGGUUGGUGUCGCGUGGGUGCGGUUGUCUCGUGGUGCCAGCCCAAUCACCACCACCACCACCCCACCUCACACGGGACCUCCAUUUACAAUUCAAACAUUAAAACGUAUUGCUUUCCUGGUGUUCAAAGAAUGAAGAAGACUGUCGACUCUUGCAUUGUUGUAGUGAUUAGUUCAUCAAUCUUUUCUUUGACUUUCUCCCACAGCGGCCCAAUGGCAGUUCAUUGCAGUCGGCUUGGCCAUUGUUGGCAUGGUCACGUGUCUCACCGCCCUCGUUUUGGCGUGUCUCUAUCAUUUCAACAUCAAAGUCAACCGGAAAUGCUGCAUCCGACACUUCAUAGCAUUCUUCAAUUUCACCAGUUGUAAGUCAUGUUGUAGAAAUUGUCACAAGUUGUAAGUCGUGUUGUAAGUCGUGUUGUAAAAAUUGUCACAAGUUGUAAGUUGUGUGUUCAAUAUGAAAACAAACUUUAAGUCCUCUUGUAGACGGUUGUCACUAGUUGUAAUUUGAGUUGUGCACAUUUUAUGCAACACAAAAAUAUGACAUUUUUUACCCACCCUUACCCCUUAUAACGUUGUAUAACAUUUCCAUUGACACUACACUGCACUUAAUGGUAUAUAUAAGAUUCUUUUUUUUUUUAAUAGCAACCCCCUCCCCGAAAAAACCAUAAUAAAGUCACAGUUAUCCAAAAAAAUGUGCUCAUCAUUGUGAGCAACAAAAUACAUUUUGGUUUUUAAUACUCUACGCUAAUGUCGUUUGAAAAGCAGAAAUUUCGCACACACAAAAUUAAUGUUUCUAAAAAACAAAUAAAAAGAAUUGUUAUAUGACAUUGCUCUCUACCGACCCCCUUCCAUGCAACACAAUAUAACAAACUUAUAAACCGAGGUCAUUAUAAAUUGUCAAAAGUUGUGAGUUGAGCUGUAACAUUGUCACAAGUUGAAAGUUGUGCUGUAAUAUUGCCACGAGUUGAAAGUUGUUUUGUAACAAGUUGAGAUUUGUGGUGUUAACAUUUUUUUCUUUUUUGGUCACAAAUUGUAAGUUGUGUUAUAAACAUUGGCACAAGUUGAAAGUUGUGCUGUAAACAAUGUUAAAAGUGUCUCGACGAAGUGGACUGAAAUGGUGAUGUUUGUGUGAAUUUCUUUUAAGUGACUGGAGGUUUUAUUCUAAAUUCUAAAGUAACAUUCAUUAAUGCUUGAGGCUUGAAAGAAACCAUGAACAAUUCUAGCCUAGCGUUCCGAGCAGUGCCUCGCUCUUUCGUUGACAUAAUGUUGAUCGAGACACUGUUUUUGUUCUACUUCCAGCCGGCGGCAUGACAGCGGCACUUAUAAUGUAUGCGUGUAACCGGAAGUUCCAAGUGAAGCCGCCAUUGCCGUACCAGUACGACUUUGAUCUGGACUGGGCCUACUACGUGUCCACGGCCAGUGCCGCCUUGCUGGGCAUCAUCACGUUGUUCAAUGUCAUUGACAUCAUUUGGUAAGGUCCACUCACCGCUCUGCUCUGACCGUCGCCGGUCUAGCAGCGGGUGGUGAAAGGGUUUGGGGCCAUUGCCAACUCGAGAUAAGUGAGAUUACACGUCCAUCCUCAGUUAAGUGCAAUAAAUAAAAACGAAGUAUAUCACGUCAAAAAGCAUCGUAUGUUCUAAAAGAAUACCGGUAUUAUUAUUAUUGGGGGGCGGGGAGAGAGAGAGAGAGAGAGAGAGAGAGAGAGAGAGAGAGAGAGAGAGAGAGAGAGAGAGAGAGAGAGAGAGAGAGAGAGAGGCUGGCUCCCAUUGAAUUGAAUGCCCAAUGGCACUUUGGUCCAGAAGCAGUGAAAAAAAAGAGGCCAAUAGACGUUUUGGAUGUGCCUUAGUAAAUUUAUAAUUAUAAGCAAGAUGAAAUCUACGGGGUGUCCUCAUAUUCUCAGAGCCGUCACGUGGGUCAUACAACCCAUGUUAUGUGGCUGCCGGGGGGGGGCGGAUAUCUAAGGGUCACAAAGUUGUGAUUUGGAAAAAUAAAUAAUCAGAAGUCGCAGGGGAAACAAAGACAAACAGUUGCAGAGGAGACAAAAACGAAAAGUGGCAAGGGGUAUCUGCAUCUUCCUAAUCCAAAUUAUUUUUGUUAAAUUAGCAACAUUAAUAAAUUAAUCACUAUCACACUAUUAAAAGAAAGUUUCCAUUAGAUUUAGAGAACAAAACAUCAAUUUGUUGGUUUAAUUUCAGGACCAAAAAAUGUUAUGAAAGCGCUGCUAGCGAGGAUCCGGAAGUUGCCGAAAACAAGAAAAGGAAAAACGUGAAUGGAAUUUCUAAGAGCUCUUCUUGAGUUUUCCGAAACAAUGGUGGAGACUUUCGUUAUAAAUCGGGAAAUGCGCCUAAAAAUACCUUGACAACCUAAGUGACAAAUCCAUAAUCAAAUUAUAUAUAUAUAUAUUUGUUGUAACUUAACAGUUUUCAAACCCAUGUCAUGUUGUUCUUUCAAAUAUUUUUAAUGCCGCUUUUGUUUUGAUUUAUUUGGUGUUUUUUUUUAACUUUUUGUUUUACGAUAUUUAUGCAAAACAUAAAAAUGCCAGUUUUCAUACAUUCAACAAUCUUUUUUUAAAAAUUAUUGUUAUAUAAUGGUACCAGGUACCGGUAGUAGAAAUUCUAGUAGGCGUAGGCUAGAUGGUGAGCCUGUUGGAGUUAUUGUUCAUCAUUAUCGGUGGCGCUACAGCCCAUCUAGGGCCCUGGCCUGCUCCACCACAUCCUUCCAUUCGGAGCGAUCCAUGGCUUGCCGCCUCCAUGCACGACCCCCCAACUGGUGUAUAUCCAUCUCCACAUCAUCGAUCCAUCUCAGUAUUCUCAGCCUUGGGCGUCCGAUGAGUCGUCUGCCCCUAGGCUUCUGCCUGUAUAUAACUUUAGCUGCUCUGAACCAACAUCAGGGGCCACCAAAAUCGUCUUUUGCAAGAACCUUAAUUAUUAAUAGUGGAUUAAGUUAUAAAAUCGGGUGUACUCCUAAGACAAAGGGCACCAAAAAUCAUCUUUUAUACUACUGAGUAAGUACUGCGCCUGCUUCCCGCUUCAUCCUGUACGCGAUGCAUGUGGACUCCGCAGAGAAGUACUAGUAGUCUCCCCCAGCCCAGGGCUGCCUUUUCUAUAUAUAAUUAGGGGCGACAUUUUCAAGUCUCCCGGGGCGACGCAAAAUAUAUACUAAUAAUACUAUACUACGGUACUUUCAUAAUUUUAUUUGCAAUGUUACAUCUAGCUGUCGUGGUGCAAACAGUAACUUCCUUUUUACAGUUAGGGGGCGUCCAUUAAAUACGUCAACAAUUUUUAAGCUUUAACUUUAAGCAAUUUUUACACCCCC